CCCAUUUUCCUCCCCCCCCUUCGAUGCUACCUCUUCUUCGAUAUCUUUUUGCUCCCCCCUUAUCUUGCUUAUUGUUUUAUUUUCCAUUUCUUCAUUAGAUUCAUUGCGAGAAACCUUGUUUUUUUUUUUAUAUGAAUUGUUCAUCCCCCAACUUACAUACCUAUUGUUCAUCUUAUUAAUUUCACUCUAUCCUGCAUUUCCCUUCUUGGAAACGGUGUUUUUGUUUGGUGGCCAACAAGUUGGAACAGUGUUUUUUGUUUUUUUUAAAAAAAGUGCUACUUAUUGUUAUGCUCCUGCAUGCUAAAUGUAAUUUGCUAGUCGCUCGUUUGCCUACCGAUUUACCCUAAAAAACUUCCAUUACUCUUAUGUCGGAGGUUUGCACCAAUUUCUAUGACCAUGCAAAUUGCAUUUUGAGACCAAAUUGUGCUUCGUUCAGUUUAUCUAUCCUCGUUACUUUUAACCUCACCAAUAUUUCUUAAUUUUAAAAUCCUAUUACGUAAAAAGUAAAAAGUUAAAAGCAAAAGGUCCAAUAUUUGUACUCAAUGGUUGAUAUGCAAGCUCCCUGAAUCUAGGAACUUUUUCUUGCAUUUUAUCAUUUGGUGUAACGCCCCGCUUUUACAAAAAGCAUAAGUGAAAAUUUUCGAAUUUCCACGUGACAUUACUAACUUAUCAGAGGUAAAUGUUGGCAACGGAAUAUAUGUAAAUGUAAUAUAGAUAGAUUGACACCUCAGAGCUACUACUGAAAUACCUCAAAAUAUAUAUAUUAAGUUAGUAAGUAUAAUUAUACAAACAGUGAUAAUAGUUAUGCCUCACAGGGCAAGAUAGUCAUACAAGCCAAAUAUUUACAUAUAACUGAAGAACUAUAAGUAAUGUCUUAAGUUAGGUAGGGUGAACUACAACAGGGUAGUCCCAAAAAGAGAGGCUGUCUAGCCUUACAAAAAGCUGAAUCAGGAACCAUCUAUGGGUCGGGAUAGUCCUGAUAUUCUUCUUCUUCACAGCCUGAAUCAUUACACAGUACAGAGAGAGGACAACAACAUAGAAUACUAAAGGAUUCCACUGUUCAGAGUGAAGUUAGAAGAAAUUCAAGUUCCCUGUUAGCCGUCCAGACGAUGUGUCAUCCCGUCCGGACGCCUACUGUUCCUGCUCCAUCCAUCCGAACGACGUGCCAUACCGUCCGGACACAAACAGUCCAGCAUCAUCCGUCCGGACGACGUCCUCCUUCCGUCCGGACACCUACACAGUAACGAGGAUCUUCUGUGCCAGCUUACUUCCACCCGGACGUUUCAGCAGCACGUCCGGACGCUACUCAGUUCUCGAACGGUUCUCUGAUUCUUUCCAAGUUCCAAGAAAGGGAAGAUCAAUCAACCGUCCGGACGUGUAUCUCAAUAAGGCAAGAAUCACAGUUACAAUUUGACCGUCCGGACGUUGGUGCAUCGUAUAUGGAAACUUCCGAUUCGACUUCAACCGUCCGGACGUCUCCCCCUCAUGGUCCAGACGCACACGCAUCAGAUAUGGAAAUUGCGUGUUGAAGUUUAGCCGUCCGGACGCUCCUGCCCCUUGGUCCGGACGCGCAAAGCCUGUUAUGGAAAUUACUUGCAGCGGAUGUGCAUCCGUCCAGACGAUCGAGCCAUCUUGUUCAGACAAUGUUCUUAUACAGGAAAGAUUUCUCCGCGAAAAUUUCGGAAAAUCCUGUCGCACAAUUGUCCGUCCGGACGGCCCUGGUUCAACGUCCGAACGGCUCACAGGCUUAUUUUUCCUGACACCCAUUUUGACCCCUAGCCUAUAAAUAGGGGCCUCUGGGCACUUAGAGCUGCAAGAAUUCGGUGUGAAUUCCAUUUGAGCUCAGAGACGUGAUAUCUCCUCUAAAGCCGUUUUUCAAGUGUGUUGUGCUGUAAACCGAAGUCUAUCUUAGAGGUCGGCUCUAAGGUAAAGAGUUCCAUUGAAGACCCCUUCAGGUAGGUGAACCUGGUUGGGAAGCGUUCGUGUUGGGUUACACAUCAGAGAUCAAGGUACGACCACUGCAUCGGUACAUGUGAGUGUUACUAUCUUGUAUCUAGCUUUGUCUUUUGAAUAGUGGAAUUCCUGGGUUUGGCUGCCCCAGAGUGGUUUUUCUCUUAACUGAGUUUCCACUUCGUCAACAAAAAUCUCUGUGUCAUUUACUUUCCGCUGUGCUUUAAUUUUUGUUGACACUUGUUGCACACACUUUACUUUUAGAAGUCAUUUCAAUUUUUCAAUUGGUAUCAGAGCUUGGUACACUCUGAGAAGAUUAAUUUCUUGAGUGUUUUUAUAUUUGACUUCUAUCUUUAUUAUGUCUCAAACUCUUAAUUCUGUUCCUGCCUUUGAUGGCUCGAACUAUGGCUAUUGGAAGGCAUGUAUGCGUUUCUUUUUGAAAUCUAUUGACUGUUGGGGUAUUGUUGAGACUGGUUGGACUAAACCAGAGAAUACAACACCUGAACUAGUCCCCUCAAAAGAACGCUCGUCUUUCAAAUGACAAAGCCCUCCAUGCUCUAUGCCAAGCACUUACUCCAUCUGAAUUCGCCAAAAUUUCAAAUUGCGAAUCAGCCAAAGCAGCAUGGCAAAUUUUGGAAACAACAUAUGAAGGCACAAAACUUGUAAAAUCUGCCAAACUUCAGAUGUUGAUUUCAAAAUUUGAAGAAAUUAAGAUGUUAGAGGAAGAGACAUUUGGACAGUUUUACUCCAAAAUAAGUGACCUGAGGAACUCCAUGGUGAGUCUUGGGAAACCUAUCUCGGAUGUAAAACUCAUCCGAAAAAUUCUCAGAUCUUUGCCCGAGCGUUUCAGGAUUAAGGUAACGACUAUUGAGGAAAGCAAGGAUCUUGAAGAAAUGAAGAUUGAAGAGCUGGUUGGAUCUCUUCAAACAUACGAGCUGUCUUUGCCCCCGGUUAAGAAAUUAAAGACCAUUGCUCUUAAGGCUUCCAAGAAGAAGGUAGAAGCCUCCUCUGAAGAAGAAUUUGAGGAUGAAGAAAAGGCUGUGGCGAUGCUAGCCAAAAAUUUCAGAAGACUAAUGAAAGAUGAUCGGUUCAAGAAGAAGUUUUCUGAAAAAGCCAAGAAACCUCUCAGAGAAGCUGAACCAGAGGAUGAAGAGAAGAAAGAUCCCAGAGGACCUCGAUUUUUUGAAUGCUCAGGCUAUGGGCAUAUCCGAGCCGAUUGCGGGAAUCUCAAGAAGGGCAAGGGGAAGGCUUACAAUGUGACUCUCAGUGAUGAGUCCGAAGAAGAUGCUCCAGAGUCUGACAAAUUUCUGGCUUUUGUGGCCCCUUAUAUUGAAGAAGAAGACUCAUAUUAUUCGGAGCAUAGUGAGAACGAGGUAGAGCUCAAGGAAGCAUACAAAACUCUCUACAAAGAGUUUGAGAAGCUGAGGGAAGGCCGAAAGCAGCAAGUUAAUGAUCUGAACAGUCUGCAUACUGAGAAGAGUUCAUUGCUGUUCAAGAUACAGGAGCUCGAGGAAAAACUACUUGAGACACAACUCCAGCUAGAGAGAGUCACUGAUGAGAAGCUGACUCGUAUGCUGUCCUUCCAGAAGAGCCCACAUGACAAGACUGGUCUUAGGUAUGUAGCUUCUUCUUCUGAUAUUCCUUCUUCCUCAAAGACUGUAUUUGUGCCUCCUACAGUCCCAGAGCUUCCUCCAGUUGUUGAAGAUAAACAGAAGGAAAAGGUCAAUGAUGACGUACCAGGCACCCAGCAGCCUCAUUCCAUCAGAAGACCUCCUAUUUGCCAUCAUUGCGGUCUCAGUGGGCAUGUUCGGCCUCAGUGCUCCCUCUUGAAAGCACAAAAGGCCAAGGCCAAAAAGGAAGCACCCAAACAAGCUCAUUAUGGCACUAGACCUAUGGCUCAGCAUUAGACUUCCUGGCACCAGGCAUCUUAUCAAGUACCAUGGGGACAAGCUUCAAGGCAUCAGUAUCAAGCCCCUUGGUCUCAUACUUCUCAGCAUCAGCGGCCUCAGCAACGGUUUGUACCAGCCAAUUACAGAGGCACUUACAAGAGCAAACCCAAGCAUUUGAGAAGGCCCCAAGAGCAAUACUCCAGUGAGCCUCCUGUCUAGAUGCAAAACAUGAUGGAGUUGAUGAUGCAGUCUUGUCAGCAACCACCCACUGGUAGGCAGACUUGGACUGAGAAGGGCAGUUACCCUAGGAAGGGGAACCGACACACCUAGCAGGUUCGGAUGUUCAUGCCUAGGAUUUGGUUCCUAAUCCUAAGGCAUCAGGUUUAAUUGCUUGUACCUUUUAUAUGCUUGUCAUGCAAUCUAGGACCUAGCUUGUUGUGCCCCCUGUUUCUCUUAAGAGAACUUUACAGGUAUUAUUUUUGGGGAAGACAGAAAAAGCAGGUCGAGUGAAAACAUCAUAUGCUAAGGCACGAUCAAACCUGUGUACGCUCAAUGAUUUGCAGGAUUUUAUUUCUCUUGGCUUAUUAGAUAUUGCAUGCUUUCUUGCCUAAUAUCUCAAUUCGGUUUACAUUGAUUAAAUACACUUAGAUAUAAAUUGAGAGUUUUGACUAUACUAGCCAAGUGUUUUUCCUGUUUAUGCAAAAAGUAAGAUAGCUUCUUUUCUCAUGCGAUGAAAAAGUGCACUAUCUCGGGCUCACCUAAAGGUACAUCUUUCCUUCUCUGACUCUUUGUUUUUGGAAAUUUUGGAUAAGAGAAGAAGUCCUUGAUAAGAUGGUCAAAUUGACCACAGGCUAGUUGAACCUAGCAUAUAUAAACUCUGGCACUCCCUACAGUUCACAGUACCAUAAGAUUAGAGCAGUAAUUCAUAAAAAGUUAUGUGCUUUAAAUUCGUUUAAUCACUGCUUAUAUGCUUAAACUUACCUUGCCCUCUAUGAGCAAGUAAAACAAAAUAUGUGCUGUAUCUUAGGGGGAGUGUAUCAGAUGAGGGUGUCUAGGCCCUAGCAAGUUAUAAGGUUUGACUUUUGGCUAAUCUGUCUUUGAUUUUCUCUCAUGUCUAGAAAAUCUAGUUGCAUUUUCGUCAUGUCUUGGAAAGUCUUACCUUAUGGGAAAAGAGUCUCCACACACACACGCAUUGCUUGAGUUGAGUUGCCUAUUUGAUUUUUAUAUGAUCACGAAAAAUUAUUUGUGCUAAUUGAAAUCUCAACUUCAUUUUAUAUCUCUGUUUAUUUAUGAGAUGCUCUCUGAUUGUGUUAUCAGUUGAUUAUGCAUGCGUAUUCUGACACUGACUUGAGAAAAUUUGAUCUCUGUAAAUUCUUCUCAGCUUUUCUGGUGUUUCAGUGUGGAGCGUUCGGACGGUCUAUAUUGACGUCCGGACGGACUGGUGGUCCGAACGGCUCUCCCUUGGAGUCCGGACGGAGAUGGAGCUCACAUGUCCUGACAGGACCUGACGGAGUCCGAACGCGCGUUGUCAUUAUCGUCCGAACGGUCUCUUUAUAUCGUCCGGAUGCGCGCGACCAUUCUGCUCCUUUCUGAGGCAGCGAGCGUCCGGACGUCAUCAGUCCCCGUCCGGACGGGGACCCCACAGUGGCUAUAAAAUGCCCAGAUUGCCGAUUUCACUUCAUACCCCACAAAAUCAGAAUUUUUGACUGUUUGUGAGUAAGGUUGGCAUUAAGUUUUUGGCUUUUUUGCAUAUAUCUCUCAUAUUUCAGAAUCAUGUCUGCCGGCAGUCCACCCCGCAGGGUCCGUCAGAGGCUUGUGGAAGAUAGGGCUGCAAUUUAGGCCAAAAUUAUGGACCACUCCGUCAUUGCUGAGCGAAACGUUCUUCGGGCUAAUAUCAUGGUGCCACCGCUGGACAACACUUGACAUCAUCCAGACGUACAACUGGGGAUAUCUCCGCAGCUGUGCUUGUGUGGUGUACACCAGAUUGGUCAAGCUAUUCUACGCCAACCUGGAGGUGGUGCAGGAUGAUGAUCAUGGAGUGGUGCUUCAGUCCUCUGUUGCAGGCCAUCUCAUCACUAUUGAUCCUCAGGUCAUCAGUCACAUCAUCCGAGUCCCAGUGCUCGAGAUUUCGGCCAGCCCCUACAAUGAGGUGGUGCUUCCUCCAUCCCUGGAUGAUCUCAGGGAAUUCUUCCGUGCCAUUCCCUAAGGUGAGGAGCGCUCUACUGCCAUCAGGAUUGGUGUCCUGUCAUCCUCCCACCACAUGUUGGCCAAGAUCGUUCAGCAGAAUAUUUGGCCGGUUGCUCGGCGUAGUGAUCUGAUCCUGAAACGGGCCCAGUUUGUCUAUGCUAUCCACCUCCGCUUGCCUUUUUGCCUAUGCAAGCACAUUUUGGGGGUUAUAUUAGAGGCCCGUGGUGAGAGCACUGUUGGUCUCCCUUUUGGCUGCCUCCUUACUCAAAUUAUUCUUCAGUCAGGCAUCAAUGACAAUGGCGAAUCAAAGAUGAAAAAUCCAGCAGCCCAUCAGCAUGCAGACUUUGGUGAAGUCUAAUGCGCAGCUGCGGAGAGAUGACUCCGAUGAUGAGGUGCCCCCACCUGCUGCUAUGCCAGUCAGCUUUCCAGAUAAGGCUUCGUCCUCACAUACUGUGCCACCUUCUGAGCCAGAGGUCAAUUAUGCUCAGAUUAUGGAGGCUCUUACUGCACUUCAGGGAGGGAUGAGCAGCUUGCAGGUGUCUAUGACCUCCAUGCAGCAGUCUAUGUGUUCCAUGCAGUUAGCUGUGCACUCCAUCGACAGGCGCGUGGAACAGAACCAGCUAGACCUUUAGGAGUGCCUGAAGUAUCAUCAUCCUAGUGGCAGUGAUGAUGAGGAUGAUGCAGACGAGAUUUUACCCAUGCCUGAGGAUGUUUGAUUCCCUCUUAUGUUUUGUAGUUUUUUUAUCUUUUGUUAUUCUGAGACAAUUUCUGUUUUAGUUAAAACUUUUUGGAUAUAUAUUACUCUGUUUCCUGGGUCCUUCUGAGACCGUUAGGGGGAGUAAUUUUUAUGACAGUUAAUUUUUAUUACUCUGAUUUACCCUUUGUCACUUUGUGACAAAAAGGGGGAGUAAUUUUUACUUUGGACCGGGAAUGUAUUUCCAAACCGGUCAAGUGAUUUUUGUCCCAGAAUGGCCAAAGGGGGAGUUUGUUAGUAUUUUGGCCUUACUCUGUAUUUGGACAAAAUCACUUAUAUGUAAGGAUGCUGCAAACAGGGAUUCCACUGUUCAGAGUGAAGUUAGAAGAAAUUCAAGUUCCCUGUCAGCCAUCCGGACGCCUACUGUUCCCGCUCCAUCCGUCCGGACACAGACAGUCCAGCAUCAUCCGUCCAGACGACGUCCUCCUUCCGUCUGGACACCUACAUAGUAUCGAGGAUCUUCUGUGCCAGCUUGCUUCCGUCCGGACGUUUCAGCAGCACGUCCGGAUGCUACUCAGUUCUCGAACGGUUCUCUGAUUCUUUCCAAGUUCCAAGAAAGGGAAGAUCAAUCAACCGUCCGGACGAUGUGGUAUACCAUCCGGAUGCGUAUCUCAAUAAGGCAAGAAUCGCAGUUACAAUUUGACCGUUCGGACGAUUGACAGCUGUGGUCCGGACGUUGGUGCAUCGUAUAUGGAAACUGCCAAUUCGACUUCAACCGUCCGGACGUCUCCCCCUCAUGGUCUAGACGCACACGCAUCAGAUAUGGAAAUUGCGUGUUGAAGUUUAGCCGUCCGGACGCGCAAAGCCUGUUAUGGAAAUUACUUGCAGCGGACGUACAUCCGUCCGGACGAUCGAGCCAUCUCGUCCGGACGAUGUUCUUAUACAGGAAAGAUUUCUCUGCGAAAAUUUCGGAAAAUCCUGUCGCACAGUUGUCCAUCCAGACGGCUCACAGGCUUAUUUUGCCUGACGCCCAUUCUGCUCGUCUGUACAACCAAGGGUAGUGUACAGUGCAUCUAUAUCUGUGAGCCAAGCUUCUGCAACAUUCGGCCCUUCAGUUCCUUCAAAAGUUCGAAAGUGAUAGCUAGCAAAAUCGAGUAAUGAACAACCUACGGGUUCGGCUCGUUCAUUGGGUUGUUGAAUUCGUGAUAUCACUUCGGCCAGAUGCCUAGUGGUGUCAGCUAUAAGUUGUAUUAAAGCUGGGUGUAUGCCAUCAUUGAAUGGUGGCGGUGGAGGUGGAGGUGGCAGAUCUUCCUCACCAUUUUCUUCAGGACGAGGGACACGGUUAGAGUCACAGAGAGGACGGCGUCUAGGAGGCAUGACUCUGUGUUUAAAGGAACAGUUAUUCCACAUUUGUAGGAUACUAUCAUUUUCCUUUAAGCGACUAUAUAAUGUUUAAAACCAAUCAAUAAAGCUAACAACCUAAUUAUUUAACAA